AUGCAUACUGCUUUCUCGGACAUCCCAGGAGGCGAUUCAAGGUCAGGGUUUGCAAAGUCCCUCCCGGGCCUAAAGGGCCUGAAAUUGACCCUGAGGCCCUCCCUGCCCUGGGACAGGAGGAGGAGUGUUCAUUUCAUCUGGGGCGGUUCCCGGCGCUCCCUGAGCCCCCGCCCUGCAAGGGGCUCACUUUCUCCAGGCUGGGGGGGAGGGGCGGGGGACCUGAAGCGACCGGCCCCUCCCCCUCCGCGGGCCCAACGGUCCUUCUCCCCUCCUCCCUUCCCCCGCCAACGGUCGCCCCCUUCCCAACGGGCGCGCGCUAGGGGGACGGUUGGUGCGAGAGCGCGUGGCUCCCCUGCCCACCGCAGCCGGGGCGCGCGCGACGUGACGCGCGCAGGGCGCCGGGCUCGCUCCCGCGCUCGCUCCCGGGCUGGUUGCGGGCACGCGGCGGCGGCAGCGCAGUCGUUCCCGGUUCCCCUCGUCCCCGUCCCUGUCCCGGUCCUUUGUCCUCGGCGGCUCUUCCGUGGCUUUGCCGGGAGCCCCGGCCCCGCGAUGAAAGGAUUGCUGGGAAGAAAACUGAUUUUGGAGAAAGAAAACUGUAGAGAUGAACAGUUUAAGAUUUCUACUGUGGAUCUGGAAGACCAGCCUCUGCCUGGUGGGAUUUCAAGCACAGAAGAUGAAAUUGUGACAGAGAUUUUUAGCCAAGACAGUCAAUUCAUUUCGGAAAACAUUAACCUGAAAAGCACAGUGAUCAGCAAGCACGAGGAUGAGGAAGACUUCCAUUCCUUUAAAGAUGCCUACUUUGCUGCGGCUGACCCCCGGGAGACGCUGCUGCACUCGUUCAACCCCCCCCUCAAUGCUGACUGCAGCAGCAAAGUGAAGGUGGAGCGGCUGGUGGACGAGAGCAAUGAGGACGACAUUCUCGAAGACUAUUCGGGUCUGCCUGAGCUCAACCCUUUGGAGGAGACCAUGCUGCCCUCCCCAUCCCAGGUGCAGCCACAUGCCUACAACGUCCACUUCCUGUCUUCUUUAAGGACUCAGCACAGGAACCCUGCCAGUGUUCUGCCCCUGGGAGCCUGGGCAGCCCGGGAAGGAGCGGCUCAUCACAACGUCCGAGUGAUUCCAGUGGAGAUAAGGGAAGCAGUUGGGACCAUCACAGCAAACAGCCAGGAGGAGACUGUUUUUCAGAAUGCACAUGCGCAGGAGGGCUGCUGCAAGUUCCCCCCCUCGCAAGAGCCAAUGGAGAAUUCCAGCUGUUCACAUAAGAAGGAGUCGAACCAGAUGGUAAUAUGUCAGUUGAAGGGGAGCACACAAAUGCUGCGCAUAAACGGUGCGGGCACGAGGGAGCUCCAAGCCGUCCGUUUGGUUCCUCAGUGCCAAGAACCAGAUGUGCCUAAACCUUUGACUACCUUAGUUGGAAGAUUUCUGCCAGUCCCAGCUAAAUUAAAUCUUAUCACACAACAACUUGAUAAUGGCACCUUAUCAUCUGUAGUUAAUGGAAGCACCUUUCCUUCAGGAUCAAAUCUUCAAGGGCCAGCAAAAAUAACUUUAGCUGGAGUAACUCUUAGUUCAUGGGACUCAAAGUCUAAAAAGCCAUGUAACUGUACCAAAUCCCAGUGUCUGAAAUUGUACUGUGAUUGCUUUGCCAACGGGGACUUUUGCAACAACUGCAACUGCAAUAAUUGUUACAACAAUUUACGGCACGAAAUCGAGCGUUUUAAAGCCAUUAAGGCCUGUCUCGAUAGAAAUCCAGAAGCCUUCCAACCCAAGAUUGGGAAAGGAAAACUGGGGGAUAUUAAGCCUCGUCAUAACAAAGGGUGUAAUUGCAAGAGGUCCGGCUGUCUUAAGAAUUACUGUGAGUGCUAUGAGGCCAAAAUUAUGUGUUCUUCUAUUUGCAAAUGUAUUGGUUGCAAAAAUUAUGAAGAAAGCCCGGAACGAAAAACCCUCCUGAACAUGCCUAACUAUGUGGAGAUUGGAGGGGCUGAAGGAAGCCAUCUUUUCUCACCAUCCAAGUUUGCAGUGUUGCCCAAGUUCAGGAAGGACAGGCGACCUUAUACAUGUAUCUCCUGGGAAGUGGUGGAAGCGACUUGUGCCUGCCUGCUGGCCCAAGGAGAAGAGGCGGAGAAGGGGCACUGCUCCGCGUGCCUGGCAGAGCAGAUGAUCCUCGAGGAGUUUGGGAGGUGUCUGUCCCAGAUUCUUCACACGGAAUUCAAAUCCAAAGGGUUGAAAGUCGAGUAG